AUGGCUGCUUUGAUCGAUGAGGCCAUGAACACCUUGGGCGGCAAGGAGUGGCAUUACGAGACGCGCUCUGAGCCUUGCUGCGCCUUCAAAAAGAUUGAAGACAUUGGGAAGCCCUUGACUGUCCAGGAACUUCUCACAUGCUGCCGGCCUCCGACGGGUGUGAAAAGCACGAUGAUGCUCUUGGAUGUGCAUCUGUCCGUCCAGCUGUCCGAAAGCCCUGAAGCCAUUGCUUCAACCUUGCAAUCUCAACAAGUGGAUGACCUACCUGCCCCUUUGAAAUUCAAAGAGGGGGUGCCAUCAGGAGCCAAAAUCGGUGGCAUUGUGAUUGAACAAGCGCCUGGCUGCUUGAAUGUCAUCAAACUCGUCUUUUUCAAGGCACAAGAACCUGCAACUGGUCCGAAAGAAGUAUGUGGUGCAGAAGGAGAAGGGCAUCAAAUUUGGCGCUUUGGAAAAUGGUCUGAUGUCGAAGGUGAUGAAGCCACCUUUGACAAGAGGGAUGUCUUGUCAGACGCAGCCUGGGAGCAUGAAGUGAAAGCGGACCGCUCCAUGCUCUGGGAACAAUGGUGCGGAUUGGUUCAGAGAGGGAAGCCUCAGACACUAGUGCUUGCCCGACUCAGCCCAACAUUGACAGCUACCCGGUCUCCAGGCCCCGGCCCCAUCACAAAACAGGAUUGGGGGCCUUUGGGCAAGAAAUGGUUGGCCAACCGCUCUGUGAUUUUCCACACUGACUCGGCCAAGGCGUACAAGAUGAAGCUCCCUGGCGUUCUUCAUGAUUCGGUUGUCCACCAGAAAAAGCGUGUCAAAAAGAAUGGGAAAUGGGAAUGGACCAAGCCAAAUUUUGUUAAGAUGAAAGUCCACAAGUUGCCUGGGGGAAAGACCGUGAAGGUGAAAUGUGGCACCCAGCACAUUGACCGCUGCUGGAAAUUUAUUAAGGAACGUUUGUCGAAAGGGACGAACGUUCGUGCUGGCAUGGGCCGCUUGCAAGCCCAAAUUCGUUCUGCCCAGUAUUGGUACCGGGGGGACGACAUGUGGGUGCGCACAGGAGAACUCCUGUCCGCUUACAUGUCUGAGAUUGUGGACAUCACCGGUGAGAAAGAAAUUGCUGCUAUGCCGCCGGACAUGUGCUUGAUUCCUCCCUUCGUUGUGUGA